AAACUUUAUCGGGCUUUAUCGGGCAAAUUGAAAGAAAUACUCAUUCACGUCGCACAUUUUUAUGAGGCAUAAUGCGGACAUCUCCAAAUGUGAUAAUAACAGGCACGCCCGGCGUAGGAAAAACCGUCCAUUGCGAACAAUUGGCCGAGGAGACAGGUCUGCGGCAUCUUUCAAUCAACCAUGUCGCAAAAGAGCGAGACUGCUACGAGACAUAUGACCACGAAUUACAAACCUGGGUUGUGGACGAGGACAAACUCCUGGACGCUAUCGAGGAUCAAGUACUCCAAGGUGGCUAUCUAAUUGACUGGCAUGCAUGCGAUCUAUUCCCCAAGUCAUGGAUUGAUUUGGUCGUUGUAUUACGCUGCCCAUCUACUGCUGUUCAUUAUGAUCGUCUCGCAUCAAGGGGAUACAAUGAGACGAAGCUGCAGGAAAAUUUAGAUGCCGAAAUAUUUGGUGUUUUGCUUGACGAAGCUCGAGAAGCCUUCGACGAGGAAUUAGUGGUUGAAUUGAAUAGUGAGAGGGAUGAUGAUGUAGAGUCCAAUUGCGCAAGGAUUUCUAGCUGGGUACAAUCUUGGAAAAAUGACCGAGCCUGAGAUCUCGAUUUACCUACGGCAAUCCGGGGGAGGGGGCGGCCGAAACCGACACCAAUUCGCACCGUGAAAUUUGCAGUUUAUAUCAAUCACGUCUGUCGGCCAGCCAAUCUUGCAACUUGACCAGGGCUUUAUAUCUGUGUGAGAUGAGGUUCUGCUCCAGUAUUAGUGGCUGAUUGAAGAAAUU